CAGAGAUGGAGGAGGGGGGCAGAGAGAUAAAGAUAGCUGAAAGGAGGGAGAUCCGUCAGCGUUUGUUUCCUCAGGAUGUGGUUACCACGACGACAAAAAAGCAGAUAGGCAACAUCACUACUCGCUGGUCCCCUUGUGACACCUGCAAGAGAGUGUGUGUGUGUGUGUGUGUGUGUGGGGGGGGGUGUGUGGGUGUAUGUGGGUGUUUGAAAGUCUGAGUGUGUGUUUGUUUGAAAAAGACAGUGUAUUUAAGUGUCAUUGGUUAUGUAUGUGUGUGUCCAUUGUACUUAAGAUAUGUACGACAGACUGUGUGAGUGUGUGUGUGUGUGUCCAUUUACUUGACUGUGUGAGUUUAUGUGCGUGCGUGCUGUCAAAGGAGAGAGAGCGAGAGAGAGAGUGAGAGAGACGGAUAGGAAGGACUAGCUGUGAGGCUGAAAACACAAAGACUCGAGACGAAGCAAAAGGAGCAAAAAACAAAAAAUAAGUCAGAGAGAACGAUGAAGACAAUCGGAAGGAGAACCAGGACCAGACAACAUGAACAACAGAGGAGGAACAUCUGUGAAAAGGAAAUUAGGCGCCAAGGACUGGAGGCACUCUAGCUACAUCCAGCGAGCCAUCAUGGACGACCCUUCAGCCACCCAAUCCUUCACCAACCUCCACCCCCAUCGCCACCGUGCAUCCUUUCACCUCACCCUGCCCAGCCUUCCAAGCCCUGAAGUGGGAUACCCGUCCUCUCAGCCUGCCCUGGACCCUCAGGAGCAAUAUGGAAGUCAAGGGGAAGAAUCCGCAAACUCCUUCCCAACUUCAAGCACCUCCUCCGGGGGAAGGAGGGGGAGCAGCGCGGGUGACAGAGGCUUCCCAAACACAAGAGGUAGCUGUUUGGAUGGAGAUGCGAACUUGGGAGGCCAUCUUGACGGAGAAAGCGGGUUCGGACGGCAUUUUUCUGACACUUGGUAUUGCGGUAGCAAAAAAGAGGAAGUUUGGGAUGACGUGGAGAAUUGCGAAAGCGCCGCAGACACUUUUUAUAGAAGAGGUGAUUGUUACAGCAACGCAAAUGAUGUUUUUUACCCCGUCAGUUGUGGCAGCGAGGAGGGAGUCAGGCGUAAACUCUCAGAGAACUACAAUCAUUAUACCCAGGUCGGCUGUGACGCUAAAGGCGAUGCAGUUUACAACAGGGAGGCUAACGUUAGCCACUUUACUAACCAAACUACUUCCUACACCAGAACUGCCGCGGGGAGCUUUAGUGACAGCAGUGUUGAUUAUUCAAGAGUGAGUGAUAAUUAUGUGGGAAGAGAAGAAGACUACGGGUCCAGCUGUGGCUCAGGUGAGGAUCAGCUUCAACCAGCAGAGGUGGAGGGACCCUGGCUCAGGGCCUCUCCCUCGAGUCAGACCGGAGAGGGCCGGUGGAGGGGAACAGCGGACACCAUGGGUUUUGCCUCAGGAUGCCUACCGCAGAGAUCACCUAUCGGGACGUACACUCAGAAACUGGACUCCUUCUCCGAAGCGUUCCCCUCCCAGCAAAAGAGAAGAUUCCCGAUGAUUCCCGGUGGAGAUGCUUCUGGACAGAUCUGGGAGUUCGGCGCAGGGAGAGGAGAAAGCCCGACAUGGGUCAACUCCAGGCACAGCUGUGCUUUUGAUUCUGACUCCUACCUGCUUCCCUCCUCCUCUUCUCCCCCACCCACUCACCCCUCUCUUCUGCCAUUCCCGUCUCCCCCCACGUCGUCCCACAUCAUGUCUUCAGUUCUUAGUCCUCCUCCCACACCUCUACCUCCUCUGCACUCACCCUCCAAAGUGGACUCUCCCAUGGCCUUUGGGGUCACCGGACAUUCAGUGUCCCAGGGGGGUGAAUCGCUCGGCGCGCUCCAGUUUUUCGCUUCGCACCUUCAGUCUCUCUCGUCCGUCCAUUCCCCCGGGAUGCUGUGGAAGUUCCCCCCACUGACACACAGCUUCCCACAGUCGUCAGGCGACCCCAUGGAGGGCAACCUGAGACCUUCUCAUGGCGGCGACUACGGCAACAUCACAGCCUCCCACGUUCAGUCUCCAGAAGUGGCGUUCCUCUCUUCCACAUCACAUCCUCCGUCCCUCCAUCCAUCCAGAACCCUCUGUCCCUCCAGCACUCCAUCCCUUCAUCCAUCCUUCCAUCUUCCCUUUCGUCCAUCUCACUUUUCCAGCCAACAUUAUGAGGCCCCAGAAAAGACACACGUGGUAACCCAGAAUGUAAAGAAUGGACAAACCAACCUGAACCAAUCACAGCUGCAGCAACAAGUCGCUCCAAUCUACACUGGAACUCCAUUUCCCAGUAUCCUUCACUCCAGCAGAGGCCAGAAGAGGCUUCGGUACACUCCUCAGCCGCUCCUCAAUCCCGUCCGUAGGGGGUCGGGUCUCUACUCCUCCAUAUCAUCCCUCAACCACAGAGAGGAGGAAACCACAUGUGGAGAAGAGGAAGAUGAGAGUGUUGUGUUACCGUAUGUCAAUGUGGGUCAUGAUUUCCAGGCAGAGCUUCCUCCAUGCUUUGUGGAUGUGGAAGAGUCGAGGGUGUGCUCACCAGAGGAGGAAUCUCCUCGGGAACAGUUGCUCUGGAAACCGUGGGACAAGCUGGAGGAGGCUGUCAACCAACAAGACCAAGUGGAGCUGCUGUUGUCCAUGUGUAGUUCCAGCUGCAUGCCAGGAGGGGGCAGUAACACAGAGCUGACUCUGCACUGUCUGCACUACUGUCAGGGCAACACGAUGGCCACGCUGGACAUGCUGCUGUUCUCACAGCGCUCGCCAACAGGAGACUACCACUACUCUGGUAGUGAUUGUUGGACAGACAGUGAAAAGAGUCUCUUCAGUGCAACUCUGGGAACUUAUGGAAAGGCCUUUUCCCUCGUACAGAAAACGGUGAGGACUAAAACCGUGUGCCAGUGUGUUGAAUUUUACUACUUGAGCAAAAAGCUCCAAGACAUGCAGAAGAAACAGAAGGAGGAGGAGAACAGAGACGCAUUGGAGCAGCAGAAGAAUACGACGCCCAUCUUCCAGCCAAUGGACAGACAGUUUGGCCUGGAGGAGGCAGUUCCUGUGCCCUCAUUGGCCAGCUUCUUCCCCUGCAAGCUGUGUGGCAAGAUGUUCUAUAAAAUUAAGUCCCGCAACGCUCACAUGAAGAUCCACCGCCAGCCUCAGGAGGAUUGGACCGACAGGCGGCUGCAGCACCAGCUCCUCACCCAGCGUCUGGCUCUAAGUCGUCCCACCAACCUCAUGCCCUCCCCGGGCAGUAACCUGCUCCCGACCCAAGCAGCAGCUCCGACCUUUCCCUCUUCUGGCCUCGCUGGAAGGUCAAGCAACAACAACAAUGCAGACAAUGUCCUCAACAUUGUAACCAAUAGCAACGCCAUCACUCCCAGUAAUGCCAGUGUCCUAGAUCCCAGCGCGGUGGUAACAUAUAGCAACAUCUCUGCUUCAAACUCUUGCGUAAUCACCAAUAUCGAUGGCGGUGACUCAAUCCAAAGAGAGCCCACGGGGGUCUUACCUCUCCACCAACCAUGGGGCUCAUAUGGACAAGGCCCCGACCCCACUGUCUUCUACUGCAACACAGAAAGGAAAGACACUGUCGGGGCUGGGACAGUGGCGGGGAAAGAGCCAAUCAACUGGCACUAGUGUUUAACUCUCCCAAAAGCAUUACCACCACUGAGACUCACCACAGAUGUGUUUUUUUACUCAACCUAAGUUUUAACACAAACUUCAGUACUUUUUCAAAUAUUUCAAGGAAACAUGAUCACAAUUUGUGUAUGUUUGGUUGUACAUUUAGUGUAUUUAGAUGUUUUGCUAUGCAUUUGACAUUUUAAUAAAAUCUGUAACCACAUGAUGUAACCAGA